UUGAAAAUUGAAAAGACGGAGCAGUAGAAUAUAGGCGCAAGCGCAAGGAGAGUGUAAAUAACCGCAAGCAAUUAAAAGCAAAGCAGAGUUGCAUCCAAAACCAAAAGUAGGCAUGGCCGCUUUUCCCAUUGCUAAAUGCUAAUGCUUGGCUUUUUCUUCUCCGUGAUUCUGCAUAUUCCUUCACUCCGACCCUCUUCUGUACAUUUUUGUUUUGGUUUUGGAUUUCAAGCGCAUUUAUCAGAGACCCUCCGCUUUGAUCUUUCUCUUCUUGCUCGACUUCAUGGGGGUUUCUGCUCUGCUGCAUUUUCUCGGCGGUUGAGUUAGGUGCGUUCUCCAUCAUUAAGCAGGUCUUCAAUUGCAUCUGAAUGCAGCAGCUUAUGGACUGCCUUUUAGAGGCUGAGAAAAGCUCAAGGGACCAGCAAAGAAAAAAAUUGGGGGAUACGCUGAUCUUUCAUGAGCCCGAAGAAGUAUCUUGUUCUGACCUUCAUGUCGAUGCAUUAAAAAAUGUGGCUGUUAUUCCACCAAAAUCUGAAAGAGUAGAGAAAAAGAAGCAUACUGAAAAGAGGGCAUAUGACAGUGAAGAGCUUGUCAGACACAUGUCAAAUCUGCCAAGCUAUCUAGAAAGAGGAAAAGUCGUGCAGGAAAAAGCUUUCAAUGUUGGUGUCCUUGAUUGGAAGCGUCUAGAAAGGUGGCAAAAAAAAUACAAGCAAAUUCCCGGUCGGAGUUGUGGGUAUUCACCAUCCAGCAGCAAUACCUCUUCACUUUCCUUAGCAGAGGGUUCGUCAUCCACGGAAGGUUCUUGUGGAAGUGUCAACUUGCAAGAACUAAACUCUUGUGCAAGAGAUUCAGACUUGCAGCAUAGUAUUAAGAACAGAAGAUCACAAUAUAUCAAGGAUGAUUGCUCGACUUCCAUGUCAAAAGGAAAGGUGAUGACUUUCAAUGGAGAAACUAUAUUGGAGGGGGACAAUGAGUUGCAUAUCUCAUGUUCAAAUGAUAAUGCUGAUUUUGACUGCAAACAAAGAUGCAAAUCAAUUGUCCUCAUUGUGCCCAAAGAUAGACAAGAAAGUAGUAAUGGUUUCUCAUCUAGCACAUCUGACUCAGCAGAGAAAUUAAAAGCAACUAGGCAAAGCUUUUACGAUGUAUCUAAUCAUCUAGGCAAAAGCCCACCCAGUCCUUCCGGAGGGAAAAAUCAGGAGUCCAACAAAUCAACUGGGGUGCUAAAACAUCCAACUAGAGUCACAUCUUGUGAUGGGUCGAACCCUAUAAAGGAAAAUGCAGAAGCUACUAAAGUAAGAAACCCUUCUCCAACCCGUCGGUUUAGAAUGGCAAUCAGUGGAAAAGGCUGGAGCUCUAAUGCAAAAGAUAUUUCAACUGUACCGUCAAAAGAGAGGGUCGAGGGUGUUGUGUCUAUUGAUCAUACUUGUGACAAAUCAAGUGCCAAUGGCAGGUCGAAGUCUAGUCCUCUGAGAAGGCUGCUGGACCCAUUACUGAAGCCAAGGAAAAGCACUUCUGAUCACUUUACUGGAUCCUCAGAGGUUGAUUCAACUUCUAGGGAUAGGCGUUCCAAAUCAGCUCCCAGACAAGUAGAAUCUCUUACUUCACGAUCAAUGAAAGUAAAACUUGAUUUGAAAGGUUGUAAAACAAUAGAAGUUGAUAAUGCUUGUCCUACUGCAAAGCACAGACCCUUGAGGAUGCAAGCUCUUUUUCAAGUAGCUGUGAAGAAUGGUGUCCCCCUGUUUAAAUUUGCAGUGGAGAAUGAAGGUAGCAUUUUGGCAGCCACAAUGAAGCAGGUGAACUCGCCCACAAAGCAGAAGAACAAUUGGAUCUAUUCAUUCUGUACCAUCCGUGAAAUGAAGAAAAAAGGCGGGAAUUGGGCAAAUCAGGGAGGCAAAGACAAAAGUCGUGGAUAUAUUUCGAGUGUCAUUGCUCAGAUGAAGGUUUCUGAUGCUCCAUUCUCUGUCAGAACCCAGAAGUCUGGCUGUCAAUCGAGUAUUAGGGAGUUUGUUUUAUUUGCCACAGAGACUAAAGAGUCAGGCCAGCAAAUAUCAGAGCUGCAGCCAACCCAUGAGCUUGCAGCCAUUGUUGUCAAAUUAUCCCAUGGGAGUACUAGGCAUCUCUGUAGGAGUGCCCGGCAGGAUCUCAACAGUGCUAGCGCCAUAGAGUCAGGUUCAAGAGGGGAAGACUUCAGCAUGACUGUUAUUCUUCCCGGUGGUAACCAUGGAUUACCUGGGAAAGGUGAACCUUCUCCACUUAUUGAAAGAUGGAAGUCGGGUGGGUCAUGUGACUGUGGGGGGUGGGAUUUGGGCUGCAAACUAAGAGUUCUUGCCAACCAUUGUGAGGUGAUUAGGGGAUCCAGUUCAGCUAACAUUCAGUCCACUGCUGGACGAUUUGAACUUUUUUAUCAGGGAGAUGAUCAAGAGAACAAGCCGGUUUUCAGCUUGUGCGCAUUCAAGGACGGGAUCUUCUCAGUUGAGUACAGCUCAUCUCUAACGCUCUUACAAGCAUUCUCUAUUUGCAUAUCAAUUUUGAAUGUAAGAAAACAGGAUGGAAUUCGUGAAGCGAAUAGCUCAUGUGCGGAGAAUUCUUCUGAAGGCAUCAUGCCAUCAGAUUUUCCCAACAAGGCCCAAGUAGAGUUCCCUGAUAAGUAUAUUUCAAUUCCACCCAUCUCCCCUGUUGGGAGGGUGUAGCUUAAAUUUUAACAAGUAGAUGGAUUGGAACCAAGAUUGUACAGAUUUUUUUUUUUUUUUUUUUUUUUUUUUUUUUUUUUUUUUUUUUUUGGCAUCACCAAUAGCCUAAGCUCAUCAGCCAAUGAAAAUAAAAGUUCAGAUGGGUGAAAAUAAGAAUGUUUUAUAAGAGCAUUGCAGUGCAGAUGGUUGUAAUCUUUUGUUUCUGUAGAAACUAGAAAGAAGCAGUAUCUUAGUUAUUCUGAGAUGUUUCCCUUUGUUUUUUUAA